AUUAUCAAAAAAAGCUAUUAAUAUUGGGCUUGAUGCUAGUUCUAAUGUAUUAGAAGAACUUAAAAAUUGUAUGAAUAGUUUUAUCAGUAAAUAUAUACCAAAAGGUAAAGAAAAAGUGACUUGCAAAAGGAAUAUAAGUCAACAAGAAAACGAAGAUAAAAUAUCAAAUUCAAGUUUUAGUGACAAAAAAAAUUUUAUCGAAAUUGAAAAUCUAAUCAAGCACAAAAAACUUGAAAACCAACUCAGUGUCAACAAUGCUAAAACACAGAACAUAACAAGGCUAGUUGUAAA